ACCUCUCCGUUAAAAUAUAUAGCGUAGCGGUCAAAGUUUACUUCGACUCGUGCACACUGAUCGGAAGCUGCGGCAAUCUGCGAAUUUGAUCAGAAAUGUCGACAAGAAAUAUCUCCCGAUUUUGGGAAUGGGGGAGGAAGAUAAUUUGCGUGGGCAGAAACUACGCGGAGCACGCCAAAGAGCUGAAAAACGCAGUCCCCACGGAGCCGGUACUGUUCUUGAAGCCGCCUUCCGCCUACGUUCGGGAGGGCUCGCCCAUCGUUUUGCCCUUCUACUCCAGCAACCUGCACCACGAGGUGGAGCUCGGCGUCGUGAUCGGCAAGGGGGGCGCGGCCAUCCCACAGUCCGCCGCUUUGGAACACGUCGCCGGCUACGCGCUGUGCUUGGACAUGACGGCCCGGGACGUGCAGGAUGAGUGCAAGUCCAAAGGUCUUCCCUGGACGCUGGCCAAGGCCUUCGACACCUCCUGCCCUGUGAGUGAGUUCAUCCCCAAGGAGCGCGUCCCCGAGCCGGGCAACGUCAAGUUGUGGCUGAAGGUCAACUCGCAACUGAGACAGAGCGGCUGCACCUCCGACAUGAUCUUCUCAAUCCCGUACCUCGUCAGCUACAUCAGCGACUUCAUCACCUUGGAGGAGGGCGACCUGAUCCUCACCGGGACCCCCAAGGGGGUGUCGGCCGUGCAGGAGCACGACGAGGUGCAGGCGGGCAUCGAUGGACUCGUCACGAUGACCUUCACAGUUGAGAGGAAAAAUCACUAAUGAUGGACUGAAUAAAAACACAGCAGGGAGGAAAUAAAAUGAUGAAUGAAGGGCAAAUUUCAUGACUCGGGCCAAUGCCAAUUUUGUCCAGCAGAUAGCAGUGAUAGACCCCUUUUAUAAGACUGUCGACAAUAAAUUGUGUAAAUUGGGUUUGGAAACUUAAUCAGACAA